UUUUUCUCCCCCCCCUCCUUUUUUUUUAACCCCCUUCCCCGUUUUUUCACCGCUCCUCUAGAGACUUUGCAACAAAACACUCAAACUUUGCAGAAAACUUUUUUUGCCUUUUUUUUGCCUUUUUUCUCCUUUUUUUUUUCUUUUUUUUUUCCCCUUUUUUUCUCCCCUUUGCAAAUCUUGGAAGAGGAAAGCGGGAGGGUUGAACAAGAGACGAUCGAAACACAACUUUGCUUCGUAUCAAGCUUCCCAGAAGCUCAUUGCGUCGGGAGAGGCUUUUCUCUCCUCCUGCAGAAGAAAGAGGGAAGAGGAGCUCUGCAUCCCCCCUUCCUUCUCCUGUGGGUUUUCGGUUGUUGGUUUGGUUUUUUAUUUCCCCCCUCUUUGACUGCUUUGAUGCAUUAAUAGCAGGACACUGGUUUCCAAGGAACUUUGCUCCCUUCCUAACCUGUCUCCUAGCCCUUUGGGAAGAGCGUGUGUGUGCGUGAGUGUGAAAUCGCCGUCUCACCUCCCCGAACCCCCCUGCUCCUCCACCCUCCCCCUACAACCUGUAGGCUGUGCAGUCCCUGCAGGCUUUCCUCCCCUCCUUCCCUCCCCCUUUCUUUUCUUUUUUUUGCGCUCCUGCCGAUCGCGGUGUGGAUUCCCCCCUUUCGAGGAGAGAAAAAAAAGCUGAAAGAAGGAGAAAAGGGGGGAAAAAUCCCCACAUCAACUCGAAAGACAAAAAGCAAACCUAGACACGUCCCCCUCUCCCAACGCCAAAGCAAAGCAGGAAGGUCUCGCAGCCCGAGAACAAAUCCUAGAGUGGGGCGCCUGCAAGUUGGGGCUGCGCUUUCCGCCCCUUUUCCUUUUUGAUUUUUUUUUUUUGUUGUUGUUCUUCUUCUUCUUCUUUUUCGGCCCCCGAAGGGGCAAGAGGGAAGCAAGCGCCCCCUGCUCCCGGCAGGCCCUCGCGCCCCGUCCCGCAGCAUCCCCGCUGCGAUGCUGCUGCGGCUGCUGGUGCUGCUGGGCGCCUGCCCGGGGCUGUCGCGGUGCCUGGGCUCCUUCGUGCAGUGCGAGCCCUGCGACGGCAAAGCGCUGUCGCUGUGCCCGCCGCCGCCGCUGGGCUGCGAGCUGGUGAAGGAGCCGGGCUGUGGCUGCUGCCUGACCUGCGCCCUGCCCGCCGGGCAGCCCUGCGGCGUCUACACCGAGCGCUGCGCCCGCGGGCUGCGCUGCCUUCCGCGCCAGGGCGAGGAGAAGCCGCUGCAUGCCCUGCUGCACGGCACCGCCGUCUGCCUCAGCGAGAAGAGCUACCGCGAGCAAGCCAAGGCCGAACGGGAGUCCCGAGAACACGAGGAGCCAACCACAUCAGAGAUGGCAGAGGAGACCUACCCGCCUAAGGCCUACCGGCCCAAGCACGGGCGCCUCUCCGAGCUGAAGGCUGAGGCCCUGAAGAAGGACCGCCGCAAGAAGCUGACCCUGGCCAAGUUCAUGGGCAUGGCGGAGAACACGGCACACCCCCGCGUCGUCAUCCCUGAGCUCCGGCAGGAGUUCGAGCUGGGCCCCUGCCGCAGGCACAUGGAGGCAUCCCUGCAGGAGCUGAAGAGCAGCCAGCGGAUGGUCCCCCGAGCCGUCCACCUCCCCAACUGCGACCGAAAGGGCUUCUACAAGAGGAAGCAGUGCAAGCCCUCCCGAGGCCGCAAGCGUGGGUUGUGUUGGUGCGUGGACAAAUACGGAAUGAAACUGCCAGGGACUGACUACCUGAGUGGAGACCUGCAGUGUCACGCGUUCGACAGCAGCAAUGUGGAGUGAAGUUGCAUCCCCUCCCUCUGUCCCAUCACACAUCCUGGCUCCCUUCCACCCUCCCCUCUGCACCUCCCUGUGCCCCGGGACUCCGAUUCCUUUCAUCUCAUGUAAGAAGAAAAAAGAAAGGAAAAUAAAAAACAGAAAGGAAGAAAAAGUAAAAAAAGAGAAAUGGAAGAGAGAGAAGAUAAAUAAAGAAAGGAAAAAGAAUAGAAAAACAAAAAAAAAGGAAAAGAGAAAAGAAAGAAGAAAAAAAAUAAAAAGGAAAGGAGAUUAAAAUAAAAAAGGAAAAGAGGAAAGAAAAGAAAAAGAGAAGAGAGAAGAGAAGAGAAGAGAAGAGAAGAGAAGAGAAGAGAAGAGAAGAGAAGAGAAGAGAAGAGAAGAGAAGAGAAGAAAAAAGAAAAAAGAAAAGAAAAGAAAAGAAAAGAAAAGAAAAGAAAAGAAAAGAAAAGAAAAGAAAAGAAAAGAAAAGAAAAGAAAAGAAAAGAAAAGAAAAGAAAAGAAAAGAAAAGAAAAGAAAAGAAAAGAAAAGAAAAGAAAAGAAAAGAAAAGAAAAGAAAAGGAAAGAAAAGAAAAGGAAAAGAGAGAAAGGAGAGGAAAAGAGAAGAGAAGAGAAAAACAAACCCUGUAGAAACUGAGGACUCGGAAUCUACAGCAGCCUGUUGACGAGGACUUAGCAGGAAAGGACAGAGCCAGAGACAAAUCAGCCAUGGCCGCUCCACCAUCCCGUGCCUCCUCACACCUCUCCACAGCACUGCCUGUACGCCCCUGCCAUAAGCAGAGGCCACUCUGAUGCAGGAAGCUUUCCAAGUUGGUGAUUUUCCAGCAGGGGCUUCAGGCAGGUUAAUUUUGUUUCCCAGGUCAGAUAGUUGUUUUCUAAGAAAAUGUCUCAAAAGCAAAUGUUGUGGCCUCCAGUGCUCCCCCUUCUCACUGUGGUCCUCCAGUGCCUCCUGCCCACAUUGCUGGGACUCACUUGAGUUGGUUUGAUUUGACUUUAGUCUCAAAUGACCUUCCAAGAUGCAGGCAGAUUUUGACAUGUUGGGAGGAGUGGGACUGAUGACUUCGUGUCUGGAGAUGGCCCAGGGAAGAAAACAGCUACCGCUACAGCAUGAAUACCCACUCACCCCAAAAAGUAUUCAUGGACUUUGGCAAGAAACCAUUACAAACAAAAAUAAAGAUAAGCCUCCUCCGUCCAGGUCCUCUUGACCAGGAGGUCAGAAAUUGUUUUGGCCAAGCGGGACUGACUGUUGUCCACCCAGGUGUGGAAGUGUUUCUCGCCUCUGUGUGUGUGUGAGCUGCAUGUGCACGGAUGUGACUUUUCCUCCUUGCAAAACUUUGCCUUGAAACCUGCAAUCCAGAGGGAUUAACUUAUAUUAACUAUAAGCAGGGGGAGAGAUGCUGCCCCCCCCAAAACAAUCACAGUAACCUGCUGGACUAAGGGCUGCAUCUGACCCAACCCCACAGAUACUCCAUUGCCGUCCAGACAGCAAUGUGAGGACAGGGGGAUCGGGGCCAAAACUCUUCACUGCCCUUUUGCCACCAUGAGGAAGACCAACUAUGGAGGAGUCUUUUUUUAAUUAUUGAUUUUUUUCACAGCCAAAAAAGUUGUUUGCUCCUGGGGAAGAAGUACAAUAAGCCUACGCCUUGUCUUGUCUUGGAUUUUUGUUAAGACUGCCUUAUAGCCUUUUCCAUGGGUGGGGAAAGUGCUGGUCUCCAUCCUUUCACACUGAGGAUACUGCUCGUGCUGCCAUGACCGAUUCCUGCCACCCUACAGCAAGAUCCUGCAGCAGGCCCUUGCCUUUAACCUGGGACACAGCUCCAUGUUGAGUGGCAGCAGCCACCACAUCAUGGAGAGCCACCACAACUGCCUCAGAUAUGCUGGGACAACCCUCUGCUGCCUUCCUGACUGUUCUGGUUUUAGGUUUUACAUUGGAUUUUGGGGCUGUCACCUCCCAUUUCCUCCUGACAAGGGUCUCAAGGACGUCAGUGCUGGGAGGAGAUCCUGCGGUGAAGGAAAGGAAGGAAAAGAAAGUGAGCCGUAGGGUCUAGGUGAAACAUUCACCCACUGGGGACAAUAUCCUGCUGCCACAGUUGGAGAUGGCAGCUGGUGCUGGUCAAAGGACAUGGCUGAUCCCAGAGGGAAGGCUUCUGCACCCCUGAAGUCCCUUGGAGCGUUCUGGAGCUGCAUAGAGAGCAAGAGGGGGCUGCACUGCCACCACGUCUCCACCAUCAGGGACAGAACAAGGAGAAUUCCACAACCAAGAUGGUCUGCUGGAGGCUUCAUCACCAGUUGGACACCCUAAUAGCCUGGGCACCCUGCAGUCCCCCCAGCAGGGUGCUUGCCUCUGGACUUUGGUAUUUCCCUUGGAGUUACAUUGGGAGUGAGUUUUGUUAGUGGACUUCCAUGGAGACUCGGUGGGGCGUGCUUGGAUCUGAGGCUUCUUCCCUUGCUGAAAAGAAGGGAGAGUGCCGUCAAAUGCAGAUCUGCCAGGAGAAAGGAGAAAAGGAAAAAACAAAGCCUGCUGGAGCAGUGUGACCCUAGGUGGGUGUUGGGGCCAGGCAAGGGACCCUUCAGGCUUUGCAGGUGCAGGGUCCCUUUGACCAGAGUGGUGGGUUAAUGAUGUGCUGAAGGUGGGGUGAAGAGGGGGUAAAGAAGGCAGGUGGAAGAGGAGGAGCCUGUGCCAACCCCAAGGGCCACAGAUCACCACUGUCACCACUGUCUCCCAUCUCUUCCACUCACUGAUCCCUGUGCAAAACCUCCUGACUGUUAUAGGCCAGUACCACCUUUCCCAGAACCCUUCUCUCCUUCUCUCUCCCUCUUUCUUGCUUUUUUGUUUGUUUGUGUUGUUGUUUGAUUUCCCAAAACUUGAAAGCCUUUGGCUGCAGAGAAAGGAGAUGUGCUGUUGGGGCAGGAUGGGCAUGGGCAGAGGGACAGCAGCUCCUCACGGACCUUGUCUUUCGGGGCUGAUGCUUUUUGCAGCAGGAGGGCCAGCUCACAAGGCCCGCUGGUGGCCUCCUGAUGUGGCCACCACAGUGACACUGGGAGGGGGAACACAGGGUGCCUCCCCAACUUCUCCCUACAAAUUGACGCUUAGCCAUGGCCCCGUGAGCCCAGAGCACCAAAAAUCCAUCCUGCGCAGCCUCCCUCCCUGCUGCUGCACAUCCAGUGCUCAGAUGGCGCUGCCUGUCCUGUCCCCAUCACCCUGAGGGGAGGAGGAUGCAAGGACGGGGCUGCACUGCCCUCGACCCCCCACUAAGCCACCUCUGCGCCCAGGACAGCUGCUCCCUUGCACGCUCCUGGCAGAAAAGCUGUUUGCAGGCUGCACUGGUGUUUAGGAGAAGAGUUGGAGGCUGGGUCAGGCUGGGGGUGAGAGCAGGUUCAGAAGAGGUUCACCCUCCCAGGGGCAGCAGUGAUGAGGUGAGCACCCAAGCAGCACUUGGAGUGUGCAAACCAAAAGCGUAGAUUUGGGAUCCGAGGAGGGCUUGGUGGGCAGUGGGAGCAGGGCUUGAACCACACGGGCAAGUGCUGGCAGUUUGCGCAUCGGGGAGGAAUGAGGCUUGGGGGGUCUGCAGCCAUAGUGUUUGCACCGAGCCUGCACUGGUACCCCGGAUGCUGGCUGGGAGAGAGAGGAGGAGGAGGAUGACGCAGGGGUCAGGACAGCCUUUCCACCACAUGUGCCCUGGGAGCGGCGCGCAUUGGCUGGGCUGCCCCUUGUCUGUACUGCAGUGGACUUGGAGAACCACUAACUAGUCCAAGAGCAUUUUGCACUAUUUCUCUGCUCUCUCUUCUUCUUCCCCUUUCCCGUCAAGACGUCGAUGUUGUUGGGUUGGGAUUUUUUUUUUCCUGUUGUUUUUGUUGAUUUAUUUUGGUUUUUCCCAAACGGAGCAUUGCAUAUUUAACGACAGACAGUUCACCUUGCUUCCAGACCGCUGUCCUGGCACCGGCUAGGAGCCCUGCCUCCUGGGCCCCGACCCCAGCCCCGCCAGCCCCUGCCGCUGCCGGCGGGACGGGCGUCGCCCAGCGCGUUGCGCCGCGGCCGCAGCACGGCCGUUAGAGCACACGAGAUCCGAUUCCGAGGUUCCUGCCUGGUUUUUCUCUUUAAGCAAUACUCACUACACAUUUUACGGUAGCUUUUUAUAGCUUUACAUACAUACGGUAGCUCUGUUGUUGUCGUUGUGUUUCGUUUUUGUUCUGUUCUGUUGGUUGGUCUUUUUUUUUUUUAAUCUUUUUUUUUAAAUAUUUUUUUUCUUUCCCCUCUCCCCUCCGGUAAAUAAGGAAAAAAAACAAACCAAACUAAACUUACUGGUGGAGGGAAAAAAAAAAAGAACAAAACAAACGAAAAAAAAAAGGAAAAAAAAGGCAGUUUGUGAAAAACUGACAAUGGAAGAAGAGCUUAAUGCUCUGUUUAGCAUUUUGUACUUAAGGAAAAGAAAAUCUCACGUUUUAUUAAAAAGUGAAGAUUGCUGUAUACUAUUUAUUCAACUUAUAAUUUAUGUUACUCUUUGAUCUUUGUCUUUUCUCAUGACAAAGCAUUUAUUUAAUAAAGUUAUGCAUUCAGUUAGCUUGUGCCUGACCCUCGUGGAGCGUCUGCAUGCUGGGGCCUGCCAGCAAACUGCUCCUGCCCCCCAAAGGAUCCCCUGGCUGGCCACACUGUGCCCUGGAAAGCUCAGCCAGAUCCACAGGGGUGCUGGGGAAGAUAGACAGUGUGGGGUAAUGUGGUGGUAUAGGAUCACAGAAUCAGUCAGGGUUGGAAGGGACCACGAGGAUCAUCUAGUUCCAACCCCCCCCUGCCAUGGGAGGACACCCUAACCUAGAUCAGGAUGGUAAAGGUUUAGGAGAGCUUUUGGUGCCAGAGCAAUACGGUAAGGCAGUGGUAAAAUUGCAGGAGGAGUGCAGAGCACCUUUAAAGCAGAGCUGCCCUGGGGGGUUUUAGCAGUUUCCUUGCAUGGGUGUGUCAGUGGGGCACAGCAGCCACGCUCGCUCAGGUUAUGGGAGGAGAGGGUCUGGCUGAGGCUGAGGCUCCAGCUGCUAGCCCAGACAGUUUGGGACUGGACGUGAUGUUUGAGCCUUGGACCUUUCUGGUCAGUGGAGAGAGACAUCUCAGUGUGCAGAAGCAUCCUUGUGCCAUUCCUGGGCAGCCCGGACAGACUGUGGUCCUCAGACACCUCACGGUAGUAGCCCUUGGUGGCCCUUCCCACCGUCCCAUUUACUCCCUGGUGUCACACAGAUACGUCCUUCACUUCCACCCACAGAGCCAUGCCUUUUCAUUCUCCUGCACAUACCUGCACCUCCUUCCUACUGUGGUCCUCCCCCCUUCCACCCACCCAGGCUGCCAACAUUGCCCCAUGUGUCCAGAGUAGGCUGGGAUGCAAAGACACCCACUUUGGUCCCCACUGGGAACCAUGUGUUGCUAGGGGUGUCCUAAAACUUCUGUCCCGCUCAGGACUGACUCUGCACCACCCAGAACUGACUCAGCAACCUGCUUUUCCCUGAUGGCUUUUUCACCCCAUAGCAUGGAUGGUGCCAAACCUGCCACCCUGAAUGAACAAGGCAGGGAUCUGCACCCCACUGCCUCCCGUGCCACCUCACAAACUGGGCAGGCACUCCAGGCUGCAGGAGCCACGUAGAGCCACAGGCUGCAACUAUGUGCCCAUAUAUAGGGAGCUGUACAUAGAUACAGUCACAAAGUGACACUAAUUAUAUUCUUUGUAUUAAAUACUAUUGUUCAUAUUA